UGAGACUCCGGGGACGCUGGCUCUGGACUAGCAGCAGAUGUCGCUGCCCUCCCUUGGACCCCAGCUGUACUUUGCAGCUGGCUCUCACUUGCAACUACUAAAGAGAAAUGCCCGGGAGCGGGGAACACAGCGAUCCUGUGUAGAGGCCACCGAAAUCUCGUUAUCGCUCCCACCUGAAGUCCGAAGGCGGCUUAGUUUACACUCCUGAGAUCCCUGUCGCUCAGGCUGGUGUCCGCCCCUAAGCCCCGCCCCCGAGGCUGCUCCGCCCCUCCCAGCAGGGCGAGGCCCGGAUUGGACAGCUUCAGGGGUGGGCGUGAUCGACGGCAGAGCUGGUUCCGCGGGAGCAUCACGGUGGUUACUGAGGCCAGGGGAUACUGGGGGACCUGCGGAGGGUCCCGGCCGGUGGCUCCAGUCGCCCGAGCAAAGUUUCGAACCUGAGGCCGAAGCCGGAGCCCGCGAGCGGAGAGGAGAGCGGAGAGGGCGGGAUUUCCGCCGGGAGGGAUCCGGCCGCUCAGGGGGUGGGGCUUCCCCGACCGGGCUGCGUUUCCCGCGUGCGGGGCGGGGUGCCCUGGGUCCCUGCUGACAACCUCCGCUCCCUCCCCUAGGCUGCCAAGGAUGACCACGCUCACGCGCCAAGACCUCAACUUUGGCCAAGUGGUGGCCGACGUGCUCUCCGAGUUCCUGGAGGUGGCCGUGCACCUGAUCCUCUAUGUGCGCGAGGUCUACCCAGUGGGCAUCUUCCAGAAGCGCAAGAAGUACAACGUGCCGGUUCAGAACGAUGUGGAGAAGGUAGUGGUGGUGAUUUUGGAUAAGGAACACCGUCCAGUGGAGAAGUUUGUCUUUGAGAUCACUCAGCCGCCCUUGCUGUCCAUCAGUUCAGACUCCCUACUGUCUCACGUGGAGCAGCUGCUGCGAGCCUUCAUCCUGAAGAUUAGUGUGUGUGACGCUGUCCUGGAUCACAACCCUCCAGGCUGCACAUUCACAGUCCUUGUGCACACAAGAGAAGCUGCCACUCGAAACAUGGAGAAGAUACAGGUCAUCAAGGACUUCCCAUGGAUCCUGGCAGAUGAGCAGGAUGUCCACAUGCAUGACCCCCGGCUGAUACCCCUAAAAACCAUGACGUCAGACAUUUUAAAGAUGCAGCUCUACGUGGAAGAGCGAGCUCAUAAAAACAGCUGAGGGCGUGCCUGCCACCUGAUGCCCAGCUGUCUCACUCUGGGGCCCCAGCCCAGGGCGGUGCUGCAGGGCCCCCUGACUCCAAGUGCUCUUAUCGCCUUGAUAUGUGGCCGCCCCUCUGGUUGGGCUGCCCAGUCCUGCUUGCCUUGGUGAGGCAGCCUUCCCAGGAGACCAGGGAAGAAUACCAGGAUAGACACCAUUUCUCAGCAGCCUCCUGGGGCUCAGCCGGCUAACACUGUCCAUCUGAAUACUGUGCUGUGAGUUAUCAUUAAUAAAGGGGCCCCAAAGGGCUGACUGCCUUGUCAUUAACCAAAAUGGGAGAAGGCAGGUGCAGGGAAGCUGCUCCAGAGAGGGACUGUUUCUCCACAAGAGUGUUAGCAACCCCACCUGUAAACCCCAAACCAGGCUGGACUUACUGAAAACAUUUAUUACAACAGAAUGUCAAAGCUC